AUGUGGCUCAAAUCUAAAAUGAGUGCUAAAGAGUGGCAAGGGCUUGGCAAAGGCUGGACACCGCUCAUUCUAUGCAUGAUGUGGGAGGCUGCAAAGGGGAAUGGGAGUAUUUGGGAAGGGUAUCUUGGUAUGUGCGUUCCCAUCUUUGCAUCCAUAUUCGACCCACUUGGAACAGAAACUAUGCCUAUUCGAUUUGAUACUCCGAUGUUCUGGCCUAUCACUGACCUGAAGACUACGAGGGACGAGUAUAGCAGGUAUUAUCAUUCCCCUUGUUCGCCUAUUUAUGCCCGUUUAGUCGCGACCGGACCUAUUCCUCCCCUCGCAUCUAGAUACCCAUUACACUCUGGAGCAAUUUCAUAUCAUGGGCAGCCGAAUUUAUCUCGAAGUUUUCAUGUGGAAGAAGACGAGGAAGAGAAAAGGAACCAGAAGAAAGAACCCCAAACUGAGGUUCAGGAAGGCGAAGUUGAGAACGAGCAGGAGGAAGAGAAGACGGUAGAAGACGUAGCAAUGGUGCCCAUGGCCGAUAUGCUGAAUGCUAGGUACGGAGGGGAAAACGCCAAAUUGUUCUACGAGCCUCAUGUCUUAAAGAUGGUUACCACAAAAGCUAUUGCCGCAGGCGACCAAAUAUGGAACACAUACGGAGACCCACCCAACUCGGACUUGCUGCGAAGAUACGGAUACGUAGAUGAACCAGGAAAAGGCUUGGAUAUUGUUGAAAUCCAAGGGAGUCUAGUAGUUGAAUGCGCGGCAUCCUACCUUUUUCUUUCCUCGGAGCAGCAGAAAGAACGUGUGGGUUGGUGGCUAGAAAUGGGUGGUGAUGAUACAUUUACGCUCGACAUGACCACAUUAAUCCCGCCUGAGCUUUUAUCAUUUACCCAACUUCUCCUUCUUUCUGAUAUGGAAUGGGAGAAGACCCAAGAAAAGGAGAAGCCACCUAAACCCAAGUCGGACAGUGUGAAAAAAUGCGUGAAAAAUGCAUUGGAAAGAAGAAUGGAGAUGUAUUCCACUACUAUUGAAGAAGAUGAACACCAACUAUCAAUCGGACAGCAUACAUUGAACAAACGACACGCGCUUAUAAUUCGUAUCGGAGAGAAAAAAGUCCUCAAAGCAGCUAUAGGCUCCUUAUCUGAACCGGUGCCAAAGAAAAGAAAGGCAGAGCCGGAGAAUGGGGCAAGGAAAAAAGGCGCUCGUCAGAAAUGA